AUAUUUCUAGUUUGUCUAUAAAUUAUCUUUGUUUCCUCUUCACGCAAAGACAUCAUCACAACAUUGAUUCAUCUUUGUUUAUCAACCUUCCUUUCUCAUAUGGAUUCAAUAAGCUUAAUUGGAGUUUCCAUAGCCAUCAUUUGCUUUCUCAUCCUCCAUUGCUUCCUCUUCAAGAAACAUCUUUACCGGUUCUUUAUAAUUAGCUGGCCGGUUGUUGGGAUGAUUCCGGGUCUUGUCUUGGUGCUCCACCGUGUCUAUGAGUUCACCGUGGAGCUUCUUGAUAGCACUGAGUUAAAAAUUUUAUUCAAGGGACCGUGGUUCGCCGGAAUGGAUAUGCUGCUCACAGCUGAUCCAGCUAAUAUUCACUACAUAGUAAACUCAAACUUCUCCAACUUUGUUAAAGGUUCCGACUUCAAAGAAGUCUUUGAUGCCUUCGUAUAUGCUUUACUCACAAAGGACUCGGUGGCAUGGAAGAAUCUGAGGAAAGCUACUCAUGUCAUGAUCAACCAUCAAGGAUUUCAAAGGUUGUCAAUGUGUACCAUGAGAGGUAAACUCAAGGACGGGCUUGUUCCAUUUUUUAAUCAUAUCGUUAAAGAUGGCACAACCGUAGAUUUACAAGAAGUGUUCAGGAGGUUCACGUUUGAUAUAACUCUAGUUACAGUAACCGGGUGUGAUGAUCCUAGAUCUCUCUCCAUUGAAAUGCCAGAGGUUGAGUCCGCUAAAGCUCUAGACGAUAUAGUAGACGGGAUAAAGUAUAGGCAUGUUAAACCUAGAUUCUUGUGGAAGCUACAAAACUGGAUCGGAGUUGGGAUAGAGAAGAAGAUGACAGAAGCUGGUGCCAUUUUUGAUAGAGUGUGUGCAAAAUACAUAUCAGCCAGGAGAGAAGAGAUAAAAAGAUCACAAGGGAGUAAUAAUGAUAAUUUUAGUGGAGAAAGUGAAGAUCUUUUGACAUCGCACAUAAAGCUUGAUACAACUAAGUACCAGCUCUUGGAUCCUAUCAAUGAUAAAUUCCUCAGAGACAAUGUCUUAGCUCUACUUCUAGCUGGGAGAGAUAGCACUGCCUCUGCUCUCACUUGGUUCUUCUGGCUUUUGUCCGAAAACCCUAAGAUUCGCCAAGAAGUUUGCGGGACCGAGAGAAGUUUGCGGAAUCGAGAGAGGUUUGCGGGAACUGGGACUAGAGGACCUUUGUCAAAGGAGAAGAGGAUGAGUUUGAAAUUUGCGAGCCAUGUGAGGAAAAAUGCUGUGAUGAAAGAGAGAUGCACAGUGGAGAAAAACAGAGGAAGAACAAGAAACAAAGCAAUGAUGGGGGAAACAGAGAGGAAUCGAGGAAGUCCUGAUUUAAUUCUAGGUGGCAAAUAGUAACAAUAAGAUAUGGAGAUGAUUGUAAAAACCAAGACUUUGAUCAAGCUCUUGAGUUUUUCCUCCAUCUCUCAGAUCUUUUGUGAUUUGCUGUUGAGCUUUGGGCAAUAACUUAAGUUGUUACUUGGCUGAUUUUUAUUUAGUGUCAUUUUUUUUACUAGCAAUCACCUAAGUUAAAUAUUUGAAGAAGAGAUUACAUAGAGUAGGUAGGAAUUGAACUAAAUAUAAAGAAGUUUGUUUAAAAUA